AUGGCGGAAGAACUUUCAAAGAAUUUUGAGACGCUGCAAUUGCACGCUGGUCACUCACCAGACCCUACCACCAAUUCGCGAGCUGUGCCUAUCUAUGCGACGACUUCGUUUACCUUCAAUGAUUCAGCGCAUGGCGCCAGGUUGUUUGGGCUCAAGGAGUUUGGAAAUAUCUAUAGUCGGAUUAUGAACCCCACGGUCGAUGUCUUUGAAAAGCGGAUUGCGGCGCUCGAGGGUGGUGUAGCUGCUCUGGCGACUUCAUCUGGCCAAGCUGCGCAAUUCAUCGCUAUUGCAACGCUUGCACAUGCUGGUGAUAAUAUCGUGUCUACUUCCAAUCUGUAUGGAGGCACAUAUAACCAGUUCAAGGUCUUCUUCCCACGUCUCGGCAUCCAGACCAAGUUCGUAAACGGCGACAGCGCGGACGACUUUAAAGCUGCCAUCGACGAUAAAACCAAAGCCGUCUUCAUUGAGAGUAUUGGAAACCCAAAGUACAAUGUACCGGACUUUGAGAAGAUAGUCGCAGUCGCACACGAAGCAGGCGUUCCUGUGGUAGUUGAUAACACGUUUGGCGCAGGCGGAUACUUUGUUCGACCAAUUGACCACGGCGCAGACAUCGUCCUUCAUUCAGCGACGAAAUGGAUAGGAGGCCACGGGACCACGAUUGGCGGCGUCAUCGUCGACAGUGGAAAAUUCGAUUGGGGCAAGAACGCGAAACGGUUCCCUCAGUUCAACGACCCUUCAGAAGGAUACCACGGACUCAAGUUCUGGGAUACUUUCGGUCCCAUCACCUUCAUCAUGCGCGCGCGUGUCGAGAUCCUGCGAGACCUGGGUGCGAGUCUAAACCCAUUCGCGGCACAGCAGCUCCUCCUCGGAAUCGAGACACUGAGUCUCCGCGCCGAACGACACGCGCUUAACGCGCUCAAGCUCGCAAAGUGGCUGCAGAGCAACGAUAAUGUGAGCUGGGUAUCGUACCCUGGCCUCGAGAGCCAUCAGUCCCAUGAGCUGGCGAAGAAGUACCUGCCACGCGGGUUUGGCGGCGUGCUGUCGUUUGGAGUUAAAGGUGGCGGAACUGCAGGUAGCCAGGUGGUGGACAACUUCAAACUCAUUUCGAAUCUGGCGAAUGUUGGCGAUUCGAAGACGCUGGCGAUUCAUCCUUGGACAACGACGCACGAGCAGCUUAGUGACGAGGAGAAGGCCACUUCUGGCGUGACUGAGGAUCUUAUUCGCAUUUCCGUCGGCACGGAGCACAUCGAUGACAUUAUCGCCGACUUCGAACAGUCGUUCAAGGCGUCGGCGACCAAACCGGAAGAGAAGGGUGAGGCGGCCAACGCUGAGGCCACAGGUGAGAAGACGGGCGAGGCUAAAGGCUCUUUAUCAGGAUCUGUGUAGAAUUAACCAUACCUUU